UGUGGAGUUAUGUAAAAGUAAAACUGUAAACAACCAAAUGACAACGAAUAUCAAAUCCUACACCGUGGCUUUCCGAUAAAUUAGUCAGAAAACUUGAAACUUUUCAGUGCCAAUAACUUCUGAUCAUCAUGCCAGAAGGUCCAGAGCUUUACCUUGCAAGUAGGUUUGUGAACAAUGUUUGCAGCGGCCGUGUUUUCACAGGGAAAGUGAUCAAAUCGCCAGUUCAUAAAAGUGAUGAAGUGCCUUUCGAAACCAAAGAAUACACAAUCUCAGCAAAUGCAAGGGGAAAAGAAAUGCAGCUCAUCUUAGCAGAACUUGAAGAAGACAAACCCAAAUCCAAAGCCAAGAAGAAGAAAGGGGAUUUGAAACAAUCAAGGAUACUCUUUAGAUUUGGAAUGUCUGGAAAAUUUGAGUUCACCACAAUUCCUGAAAUUCACAAACAUUCUCAUUUGCAAUUUUUCACCAAUGAUGAUCCACCAAUGGUGUUGAGUCAUGUUGAUGUACGAAGAUUCGGACGAUGGGAGGUGAAUGCUGAUUGGUCGAAACAAAGAGGACCUGAUCCAAUGUUCCAAUAUCAAGACUUUAGAUCCAACGUGGUGAGUAAUAUCAAACGCCCUGCAUUUGAGAGGCCAAUUUGUGAAGUUCUACUCAAUCAGAAAUACUUCAAUGGGAUUGGAAACUACCUACGAGCUGAAAUUCUCUACAGAAUGGGCAUCGCACCGUUUGAAAAGGCCAGGAACGUCCUCCAGGGGCUCAGUGAAGAACCACCAGAUGUCAAAGUGAAGGACAAAGGUCGUGAUCUAAAAAUAAAAGUUGAGGAACCUUCAGUUGACAUUCUUCACCUAUGUCACAUUGUACCUCUAGAGGUUAUAAACCUAGGAGGUGGAGGCUACGACCCCGAGGGCCGACCAGCAGACUACUCCAAGUUCAAUGCAUGGCUUCAAUGCUACUACCAAGAGGGAAUGAAGAAUCUCAUGGACCAUAACAAGAGAACCAUCUGGUUUACAGGUCCUGCUGGCCCAAUGACGCCCAAAGAGUUGAAAUCCAGAAGUCCUGUUAAGAGAAAGAAUAAAGAGACAAUUUCGGAUCAAGAGGGGACAGCACCAAGCAGAAAGAAAAAGAUGACCAAGGCAACAGUAACUCCUAAAUCUAAAGAUAAAACAAAAAAGACGCCAUCAAGCAGGAGGAAGACAAACUCCAAGCAGGUUUCCCCACCAAAGCCGUCCAGGAAACAGAAAAGGAUUGAGCCACAGGCCAAGAAAAGCUUGGCACCGACGAAGACAAUACCAGAAAUUACUCCCAUUCAGAGGCGUUCUACCAGAAGGGUGACUGCCAAAACAAAUGGGGUACCAAUCCAGACACCACAACGGAAAAAGAGUGCAUCCAAAAAGAAGGCAACGACUUCCCUAAAGAAGUUAACGGCAUCCAAAAAGAAAACCACGAAGAGAUAAGACAAUGCCAAAUUUUACUAGCGUUUGCUCAAAAUAUGGCAAUUUCCUAUUUGUAAGAGGUCAUUAAAUUUAAAUGUUUUAGAAAUAAGAAGUAAAUCAAAAUCAACAAAAGAAUGUUUUACUUAGAAACUGAAUGUUUCUUUUUGUCAAACAAAUAUUUUGAAAAGCACUCUUGAUCAAUAAAUACCAUAAACCAAUACAAAUAAUUGCAUCAAUGACUUCGUAGUUCAGAGCAGACAAAAUGUUCUCUCUUGUGAAUUAAUAUGCCCCUUUUUCGACACUGGAGAGGGGUCAUAAUAUUGUCUUUCUAAAGUCAAAUAAAUUGAAGUCUGUGUAAAUAUAUUUAGCUUGAACUUCUUAGCCUCUGUAAAAUUGCACAAUUCUUACAUCAAUGAAUUUAAAGUACAUCUUUUAUAUAUUUUUUAACAACUGUAUUAACAUAAGAAUAAAGAGAUUCACCUAGAAAUUGAGGAGUUUGGUGUAGCUAACGGUCACAAUUUAUUAGCAGUUUAAUGAUUCUGUGUAAAAGUAGAGUAGACAAUUAGAGACUGAGACUGAUAGGUGGCAUCAGACUUAAAGGCAGUGGACACUAUUGGUAAUUAAUCAAAAUAAGUAUUGGCAUAAAACCUUACUUGGUGACGA